AUGGAUUAUCAAAAUCGGGCUGGUUCGAAGAAAGGUUCUGGCGGUAUUGCAUCUGCUUCGCAAGAAAACCUGCACAGAAGGAAACAGGUAGAGGAACUGCUGAGGGACGGAGAAGAUGUGCCAUAUUCCUUCCAAGGCGUUAGCAAAGAGGAUGAAGAGCUCAGUAAAAAGAACCCCUAUAUUUAUAAGAAUCAUGCGGGCCGUUUAGUAUGCAAGCUUUGCAAUACGAUGCAUAUGUCAUGGUCUAGUGUGGAGAGGCAUUUGGAAGGUAAGAAGCAUGGGCUAAACUUGCUGCGAAGAGGCUCAAGUGCUGCUCACAACCAGCGGAAGGAAUUCUCGCAAGAAGAAAUCGAAUUCCAGAAACAGGUUGAAGAACUGCGAGCUCAAAUCAAAGACAACGGUCUUCUCCCACACUAUCAAGUGGCCAAAGUACAGGAUCCAAUUUCCAAUGCCAGAGGAAUAGCAAUGAAGCUCACAUACCCAGAUGAAGGUCGCGCGCUCGAUGUGGACGAGCGUCCUUUUGUCAGAUUGAUGUCCAGUUUAGAAAUGUCAAACGAGCAAGGUGAUGACAAAAAAUUCAUUUUGGUGGCUUUUGAGCCUUUCAAAACAGUAGCGGUCGAAGUGCCAAACCAAGAUUUGCGCGCAAUUGAGUUCAAUACCUCUAAUGAGCCUUUUGUGGAUGAUUUCAACACCAAGUUUACCUACUGGGACGCUGGAAAUCUAACACUAUACAUCCAAGUUUUUUUCAAAGACGAGGAGUAG